AUGAAGACUCUCGUACUGCUUGUUUCUGCCAUUUUUACCGCCUUUGUGGUUCAUAUCGAUGAUGUCAGUGGAUGUGGACAUUGUGGCCCUGGCCCGACACCUAGGCGGAGUGAGUGGAAUAAAUGGAGUAAGUGUAAAAAUAGCGCCUAUAAGUAUCGUCGCAGGGGAAAUGAAAAGGAGUCCUUAGAUUGCAACGAAUGUGUAAAUUCUAAUGGAAAUUGCGACCAUAUCUGUAUAAACACUGUUGGAUCCUACAAGUGCAGUUGCUCGAAAGGAUAUCAGGCGUUUGGAAAGAAGUGCAAAAUACGUCGUUGUUCUCCUCGAGGGAAACCAACCAAUGGAAGGGUAGUUGGAUGUAACGAAGAAUACAGAGGCUUCUGCGAAAUGGCAUGUAACAAGGGAUACAAAUUGCAUGGAGUGGCGCGCAGCCAGUGCGUGAUGAGUGCGUCUAAGGUUUACUGGAGUGAUCCGAGACCAAGUUGCCAAGUAAAAAGCUGCCCAAAAUUGACUGUAAAAAAUGGCGCUUUUCAAAGUGAUCGAUGCAAGAACAACCCUACUCACGGUCAAGUAUGCAACAUCGCUUGCAAGGAUGGAUACGAAUAUAGAGGAACACCUAAAAGCCCUACAUGUAAUGAUGGAUCUUGGAGCAAUAAUAUCAUAGUCUGCCAGGAUACACAACCUCCUGAAUUUGAUAUACUUUGCCCCUUGAAUAUUACGGUAGUAGCUCGAGGGGGGCAGAACUCAGCCUCGGUAAAUUGGAAAAGGGUCACUGCGAAGGACAACUCUGGAAAUGUGGAAGUGACACCCAAAAACAUUAAGCAGCCGCAAAUGAUGAUGGAAGGGAGACACACUUUUCGUUAUAAAGCAGAAGACGCGGAAAAAAAUCAGAAAUUUUGCGACGUAAUUAUAAACGUUAAAGUCUUAAGAUGUCCUCCAUUAUAUCCGCCACUAAAUGGGAAGCUUGUAAAUCCUAAAUGUGGAAAUCUUUACGAAAGUAAAUGCCAUGUUAUGUGCGAUCAGGGAUUUACCCUUAAAGGCGAAAAUGUCAGAAAAUGCGAAAGAAAUGGAAUUGACAUGUACUGGACUGGUAACCCAAAGUGUGAAGUUAAUACAUGUCCAUCAUUCCCUGCUCCUGCAAACACGACACUGGCUGGAUAUGGAUGCGAUGGUCGCGUCGCAAACUACAGCACUACCUGCUUCGUCAGUUGCAAUAUCGGUUUUACAGAAUUGCAAGGGUCAAGAAGACGAACAUGUCUGGCGAAUGGAAAUUGGAGUGGGUCACAACUUUCCUGCUCAGCUGUUAGCUGUCCCAAGUUGAGCAUCAACCUCGGGGCCUUGACGGUUGAGCCAAACAGCUGCACGGAUGGAAACAUUUCCUAUGCGACUGUUUGUCGUUUCACUUGCAAAGAAGGGUACCAGCUGGUGGGGCCUGGACUUAAAACUUGUACGCAGUCUGGAAUAAUGAGUCCACUACAGAAUCCUUUUUGUAAAGACGUAGCUCCACCGAAGUUUUUGUCUUGCCCAAGGACGAUAGAAGCAACGGCUGCAAAAGAAGAACUUACGGCAAAAGUCGAGUGGGCACGACCAAACGUAACAGAUAAUUCUGGAAUACCGCCAAAUGUCACGAUAAAAGGCAAAAAAUCAGGAUCUUUCUUAAACGAAGGCGAACACAGCGUCAUUUACACUGCAGCUGAUAACAUGGGGAACUUUGCAUCUUGCUUUGUUAGAAUAUUUGUUUCAGUGAUCCGCUGUUGGCCUAAGGUAUUUUCUCCACCUGGUGGUAAAAUGAUCUGUAGCAGUUCCAACAUUUAUGGCUCCAAAUGCGUUUUUUCUUGUCACCGCGGCUACAACUUAGAAGGUUCUGUCUACAGAGUUUGCGAGAAGAACGGCACGAAAGGUUACUGGAGUGGAGAUAAAACAAAGUGUAAAUUGGCCAAAUGCCCACACAUUGAGUUACCCCCUAACACAUUACAGUCCGGUUGCGGUGGUGGAAAAGUGCAAAAUAUAUUUGGAGACAAGUGCUUCCUCUACUGCCGACGGGGUUUCUAUAAGGAGAGUGGGUCAUCUGAAAGAAUCUGUCAAGCGAAUGGAACUUGGUCUGGAGAGCCAAUGCAUUGUCGAGAGGUGAAAUGUCCUCCAUUACAUCCUCCUGCCCACGGUUACGUGGAGCCUAAUGAUUGCACGUUCUCUCCAAAGUAUGGAGUGUCGUGUUACUUUUCCUGUAAAAAAGGUUUUAGGCCGGUCGGAACACUCCUAAGAUUUUGCCUCAGCAACGGCAUAUGGUCUUCAAACUCUAGCAUUGUUUGUAAAGACAUCGAAAGUCCAUCAUUUGGUUCAACUUGUCCUACCGGUAUAUUAGCAACAGCAGACAAAGGGAAAAAUUACACAGAACCAUCUUGGCCGCCAGUAGUUGCUACAGACAACUCCGGUAUUAAGCCAGUCGUUACUACAGUUGGAAUAAGAGCCAAAUACUACGAAGGAAAGCACUUGAUUGUAUACAACGCAACUGAUAGCGCAGAAAAUAGAAAACUUUGCCGCUUUUACUUGUCCGUUGAUGUCACUAGAUGCCGAAGGCUUCUCAGUCCAAUCAAUGGUUUCUUCUUUGGACCUUGCGAUAACAUAUAUGGUUCAAAGUGCACAAUGGGAUGCGACAAUGGAUACAGACUUGAUGGCUCAUCGAGUACCACAUGUGUAGCUAAACCAGGUCACUUGACAGGGAGGUGGGAUCAAGAUUUCCCGGUUUGUAGAGUACGGAGAUGCACUAAACUGAAUUUACCACAGUUUGGCAUUGUAUACCCUUUCAUGUGUACAAUAUCUCCUGUCAGUGGAACCGAAUGUUAUUUUGAGUGCAAGCACGGUUAUAAGCUUGAAGGUGGCGUUGAGCAAGUACAUUGCGGACUUGAUGGAAAAUGGGACGUGGGAGACGACCCAUCUUUUAAAUGUAAAGACAUUACUCGCCCAGUGUUUGAAAGCUGUCCCUUGGACAUUGCUAUCGGCUUGGAGGAAGGAGGGCGUGCUGAUGCAAACUGGACAAUUCCUGUUGUAUCUGACAACAGUCGCACUGACCCCAAAGUAACUGUGUCACCAAAGGGAAUUCAUCCACCUUAUUCUUUUCACCAAACCACGAAAGUAAUUUACACCGCCAUGGAUUCUUCAGGAAAUGUGGCAAAAUGUUCAUUUAAAAUAACUGUUGAAGAUAAUGAGGGACCCAAGGUUGUCUACUGCCCGCCUAACCAGGAAAUUAAGGCUACGGGAUGGGUUACAACAGUGAAGUGGAAACAACCAAAGUUUAAAGACAACAGUAACGAGCCAUUGAUAAUAAGGUGCAGCCACAAUGGAUCAGCGGACUUUUAUUGGGGAACUUGGAACGUACACUGUACUGCGUACGAUAAAAAUCCCAGUAACAAACCAGCCAUCUGCAAAUUCACACUAAAUGUUAAACCCCUGGAAUGUCCAAAAAAGAAACCACCCAAGAAUGGAGCGAUGGCUUGCGAUAACUGGGUUUUUGGGCAGUUUUGUAGUCCGUUCUGCAAUGACCAGUGGGAUUUUCUAGAAGAUUUUAGAGAAUCUACUUGGUUUUGCACCGGAAGUGGAAUGUGGUGGCCGCGUAGGCACUGGCCAGAUUGCUCAAAGGCAGCUCAGCCAAAUAAAGCAAGGAGAAAAGGCGAAUUGCAUUACUAUACUGGAUAUUGCACGAAUCCUGAAACCAGAUCUCAAAUAAAGGAACAGUUCAUCAAGAUUCUAAAUCGUACUGUUCAGAUUAACAGGGUUUGCCGUGAGAAGGCGUUUCGUGACAAAUGCAAAGCAGAAAAUGUGAAAGUGACGUGCUCUCUCGUUGACAUCAAAGCAAAUAGGAACAAAAGAGAAGCAGCGGUAGAUGAUAUGAGUCUGAGAAGAGUCCCGCGAGCAGUUUCUGUGGCAAAAAUAACUUUUGAGAUUGCUGUAUAUCUUGGGGACGUUGUCACAGACGAUACCAAAGAGAGCAAAAUAAAGCUUGGAGACACAGGAGUGCAAAUCACACAAAACAUAAGCUCUCAAAUCGUAGAGGUGUUGGAUAAGAAAAACAUUCCUAUAACGUUACAUGGCAAGAAAUUCCUUCCGGAUAAAAAGUCCUUAAACUUUUCUGAACCAGAAAAGCAGUGCUCGGAAGGACAAACUUUCAGAAAUGGAUUCUGUCUAAACUGUACGUCUGGGACAUAUUUAGACAAAGGAACCGGUAGAUGCAAUGAUUGCCCAGUUGGAACUUACCAAGAAAAAGACGCACAGAUAGGGUGCGUCCAAUGUCCAAAUGGCACUUCAACAACGGAGUCAAGGACAGACAACAGCUCAAGUUGCCUUGCCUUGUGUAGAGCUGGUACAUUCUCGCCCACUGGUUUAGAGCCCUGCAUGAAGUGUGAAAAGGGGUUUUAUCAGGAAGAGGACGGGCAAACAGUUUGUAAAAGAUGUAUUGAGGGGCGAACAACUUCAUCUGAGGGUUCCGACAGCUCUGCAGAAUGUGGUGUCGCUUGUUCAGCUGGGUCCUUCUCAAAUAAUGGACUGGAGCCUUGUAUUUUGUGUGACAGACGUUCUUAUCAGCCACACAAAGAAACCCGCAGCUGUCUUUUUUGUCCUGGUACCACUGAAACACGGAAAAAUGGAUCGAGGAGUAGCCAGGACUGCGUGGAGAUAAACGAGUGUGAUUCAAGUCCUUGCAUAAACAACUCGACGUGUAAAGGGCUGGUCGCUGACUACCUAUGUUUAUGUCCUCUUGGAUUAGCCGGUAAGAAUUGCGAAAUAAACAUUGACGACUGCCAAUAUGAACCAUGCCUCAACAAUGGAACCUGUCAUGAUCUUUUAAAUGGCUUCAGCUGCUCGUGUCCACAAGGAUUUGAGGGAGCCAACUGCGAACACGAUAUCGAUGAAUGUAAGUUAUCACCAUGCGUUCCUGACUCAAAAUGUAACAAUAUACCAGGCAGCUUUACCUGCAUCUGCGAGACGGGUUUUACCGGGGUGCUAUGCGACGUAGAGAUUAAUGAAUGUGACACAUCGCCGUGCCUAAAUGAUGCAACGUGCCGAAAGAAAUCAAGAGGAUAUGAAUGUAUUUGUCCAAGAGGAUUUCAAGGCAUUAACUGCGAGGACAAACUUGAGGCAUGUGCGUCUCUUCCGUGUCAGAAUGGGGGAAAGUGUAUUGAUAGUACCAACAGCUAUCAGUGCAACUGCUCAGACGGGUUUAAAGGACGUCAAUGCGAGAUAAACAUCGAUGACUGUGCGGAGAGUCCUUGUAUGAACAACUCCACAUGCAUAGAUGGUGUUAACGGAUUUUAUUGUCGUUGCGAUAACGGUUUGACCGGUAAAACAUGCGAACUUAAAAUAAAUGACUGUCUCCUGGAGGUAUGUAAGAAUGACGGGAUUUGCAUCGCCACAGACGAUGGUUUCAGAUGUCAGUGUAGGGCUGGAUUUGACGGAUUAAACUGCGAAAACAACAUAGACGAUUGCGCGUCCAACCCUUGCUCAAACAAUGCCAUCUGUCACGAUGAAGUCAAUAACUUUACGUGCCGUUGCCCUCCAGGUUAUACUGGAAAAGACUGCAACAUAGAUAUUAACGAAUGCCAAGGGAAGCCUUGUCUCAACAAUGGGAUAUGUUCUGAUUACAUAAAUUCUUUUAGUUGCCAGUGUAAGGAUGGUUUUGAGGGUUCUCUUUGCGAAAUCGAUGUAGAUGACUGCAAAAACUCACCUUGUCUAAACAAAGGCAUAUGCACUGAUCGUGUGAAUGACUACACCUGCGAGUGCCCCUUUGGAUUCACUGGCAUCAACUGCGAAAUCGAGCUAGACGAAUGCAGUUCAAACCCCUGUCUUCACGAAGGAACUUGUGUGGACCUUUUAGGACGAUAUGAGUGUGCCUGCAUUGACGGUUAUACUGGUGGGGAUUGUGCUUAUGAUAGAGAUGACUGUCUGAGUUCUCCAUGUUUCAACAGUGGGACAUGCAUUGACAAAUUAAAUGGUUACCUUUGCGAAUGUCCUGACGGUUUUGUGGGAUCACGCUGUGAAAAAGAUGUUAUUGAUUGCUUUGAAGACGUAUGCCUGAACGGGGGCAUCUGUAGAGACGGAAUAAACACUUACAGCUGUGACUGUCCUUCUGGAUUUUUUGGACAACAUUGCGAAUUCGAAAUAGACGAAUGCGACUCCUUCCCUUGUCUGUUUGGAGGAUCUUGCCAUGACAAAGUUAAUGGUUAUGUGUGCAUCUGUCUCAAUGGCUUUACUGGCAUAAAUUGCGAAGAAAAUAUCGACGACUGCAAGCUAAGUCCAUGUCUUAACAACGGAACAUGCAUAGACGAAGUUGCAAACUACUCGUGCUAUUGUCCAGACGGCUUUGCCGGUCUGAAUUGCGAAAUUCUCAUUGAUUUUUGUGAAGAAGCAAUCUGCACAAACGAUGGAACCUGCAUCAAUUCACCCAAAGGUUUCGAAUGCGAGUGUAGAAAUGGUUAUUUCGGAGAAAGAUGUGAACUAGUCGUGGAUGAAUGUUGGACCCAACCUUGCUUAAAUGACGCAACCUGUGUUAGCAAUGGGAGGAAUUUUACCUGUCUUUGCCCAGGUGGAUUUACGGGGAAACUCUGCGAAGUUGACAUAGACGAGUGUGCCAGUAGUCCUUGCAAGAAUGCUGCAAUUUGUACCGAUGUCAUCGAUGGGUUCACUUGCAUUUGUAAUGAGGGCUACAAUGGAACUUUGUGUGAAAAUGACAUUGACGAAUGCAAGCUUAACCCUUGUUUAAACAAUGGUACAUGUCAUAACCUGACACCAGGUUACAAGUGCAACUGUGGUGAAUUAAUUGGAGGGAAAAUUUGCGACAAGGAAUUGGAUUUGUGUGAAUCAAGUCCUUGCCGAAAUGGAGGAAACUGCACCAUUGAUCACUCCAACAGAACAUUCAAAUGCAUUUGUCGACCUGGUUUUACUGGAAGGCAGUGUGAACACGACAUCGAUGACUGCCGAGGAGUGUCCUGUUUUCAAAAUUCAUACUGCAUUGACUUGGUAAACAACUACACCUGCGAGUGUCUUCCAUCCUAUACAGGGGACCAUUGUGACAUCCUUCUUGGCAGUAACUUCGAUCUAAUCUUCAAAAGGAAAACUCCAAACGACAUGGUUCUUCUUCCGGAUAACAACAGAAUCCCCAGCAUGGCUCGUUUUACCAUUGCCAUGUUCCUAAAGGCGGAUUCCAAAGUCAAGUCAGGAACUCUGUUUGGCUAUAGCGUGGAGGACGACACCAAAGAAAAAAUAGUGUUGUAUUACUCUGCCUCUCAAUUGCACAUGAAAGUGAAAGAAAAAACAAUUAGCGCAGACUGCGCCCUGGCAGAUGAUCAAUGGCAUUUCGUAGGAGGCGUCUGGGAUGGAGAAACAGGAGUUGCUUCGCUUUAUCUGGAUGGACGAGAGUUAAAAAAACAAUACAAUAUUCUUAAAGGAAUGCUCAUGCCAGGUGGUGGGUGGAUGUCCCUUGGAAAAUUUUACUUUGCCGCGCAAAAAAGAGCUGAUACAUCUUCGUUCUUUUCUGGAACCCUCCAUCAAGUGAACCUAUGGAGCACUGCUGCUACAGCUGACCACAUGUGGUUAGCGGCUCAGAACUGCUCUUGGCCCAUUCCUGGAAGUACAAGAGGUUGGACUGAUUUUCUUUUUGGAAUCAAAGGAGCAGUGGAGAAGAAAUUCAAGUCUGAUUGCAAAGCCAUAAAGACAACAACCAGAGGAACUUCGUAUCACUUUGCAAGAUGUGAAUCUCGGAACGCCCGUUAUUAUUGCAUUUGCGAAGCAGGAUUUACUGGUGAUCACUGCAAAAUCAAUAUUGAUGACUGUGCGACAAAUCCUUGCGUUCAUGGGAGGUGUGUUGAUGGCGUUAACCAGUAUGAAUGCGUUUGUCAACAUGGAUAUUGGGGCAAGCAUUGCGAGCGGAAAUUAAGCAUAGAGAAAGCAUGUCCGAGGAUUGGAAACCCAUUUAAAGGCAGUAAAAUAUGCAAAAAGGCCGGUGGUGAGGCUCUAUGCACGUUGGAGUGCGACGAGGGAAAUUCCUUCGACUUAAAAGCGACAGCUAGGUUGACCUGUGGUCCUGAUACCAGGUGGAAAUGGAACGGGAAAAGCAAACUAAAAUUGCCUUUGUGCUCUACAAUCAUUUCGCCAGAAAAAAUAUCACAUCGAUUCUCCGUUCUUUUCUAUGGUAUCGUUUGCCAUAGAAGCCCAUAUCCACGGGGAGUAAUUAGAGCGAUUCAACUUGUAGUAAGAAAAUCGCUCUCUAGUAUCCCAGGAUGCUCCUUUGCCGAUGAAUGCAAAACCUAUGCCGUCUCUUCCUCUGCUUGUGGUGAUGUUAUCAAUGCAUUGAAAGUUCAGUUUUCGGUUUCAAUCCAAAAAAGUCGGUCGACUCUGGUUGCAACCGUUGAGGAAACAAGCGAAGCCGCCAAAUUUCAGUUGGAAUACGACGUAUCAACAGGGAAUUUUUCGAUUGAAAUUUAUGGUUUAAGUAUUACUGCAGACAAGUCGUCAUUAAAGCAUCUCUCUACCACAUUUACGUGCUUACCUGGAUCCGUAGUGGGCAAAGACACCGAAAGCUGUGUGAAAUGUCCUGUAGGAACGUUCCAUAACCAGAAAACUCACGAGUGUGAACCCUGUGGCUUAAACUCUUAUCAAGACAAAGAAGGACAAACCAGCUGCUUGCUUUAUCCUGGUUUUGGAAAAAAGUAA